GGGAGAAGUAUAUUACAUAGAAUAAGCUAUUUUAUAAUGAACACUUUGUAAAUCUUUUACUGUGAAGAUGCAUGUAGCAUGUGCUAGACUUCAAAAGGAGCAAGUCACACCUACAUAAGUCUCACUGACUUGGGUUUCAGAGAUCAUGAUUUAUUAAAGUAUGUUUUCUCAGUAUGUAUUUUCCUCUGCGUGCAUGGAAGAUUUUCAGAUGGAAUAUAUUUACUGUAAAAUUGUAAUGUGGUAACUAAGCAUAAAGUUGUAAUGCCAAGUUUUUUACACUAAUUUUCAUUUGUUAGCAGUCUUGCUUGAACAGUCUUUUUGAGCAGAACUAAUACAAUAUUUUGAUGUGCCACAGGUAAAUUUUUCCAUAACCUUAUGGAGAGAAAGGACUUUGAGACAUGGCUUGAUAACAUUUCUGUUACAUUUCUUUCUCUGACGGACUUGCAGAAAAAUGAAACUCUGGAUCACCUGAUUAGUCUGAGUGGGGCAGUCCAGCUCAGGCAUCUCUCCAAUAACCUGGAGACUCUCCUCAAGCGGGACUUCCUCAAACUCCUUCCCCUGGAGCUCAGUUUUUAUUUGUUAAAAUGGCUUGAUCCUCAGACUUUACUCACAUGCUGCCUCGUCUCUAAACAGUGGAAUAAGGUGAUAAGUGCCUGUACAGAGGUGUGGCAGACUGCGUGUAAAAAUUUGGGCUGGCAGAUAGAUGAUUCUGUUCAGGACGCUUUGCACUGGAAGAAGGUUUAUUUGAAGGCUAUUUUGAGAAUGAAGCAACUGGAGGACCAUGAAGCCUUUGAGACCUCAUCAUUAAUUGGACACAGUGCCAGAGUGUAUGCACUUUACUAUAAAGAUGGACUUCUCUGUACAGGGUCAGAUGACUUAUCUGCAAAACUGUGGGAUGUGAGCACAGGACAGUGUGUUUAUGGCAUCCAGACCCACACUUGUGCAGCAGUGAAAUUUGAUGAGCAGAAGCUUGUGACAGGCUCCUUUGACAACACUGUGGCCUGCUGGGAAUGGAGUUCCGGAGCCAGGACCCAGCACUUCCGGGGGCACACAGGGGCGGUGUUUAGCGUUGACUACAAUGAUGAACUGGAUAUCUUGGUGAGUGGCUCUGCAGACUUCACUGUGAAAGUAUGGGCUCUAUCUGCUGGGACAUGCCUGAAUACACUCACUGGGCACACGGAAUGGGUCACCAAGGUGGUUUUGCAAAAGUGUAAAGUCAAGUCUCUUUUGCACAGCCCUGGAGACUACAUACUCUUAAGUGCGGACAAAUAUGAGAUCAAGAUUUGGCCAAUUGGGAGAGAAAUCAACUGCAAGUGCUUGAAGACAUUGUCUGUCUCCGAGGAUAGAAGUAUCUGUCUGCAGCCAAGACUUCAUUUCGAUGGCAAAUACAUUGUCUGUAGUUCGGCACUGGGUCUCUACCAGUGGGACUUCGCCAGUUAUGAUAUUCUCAGGGUCAUCAAGACUCCUGAGAUAGCAAACUUGGCCUUACUUGGCUUUGGAGAUAUCUUUGCCCUGCUGUUUGACAACCGCUACCUGUACAUCAUGGACUUGCGGACAGAGAGCCUGAUUAGCCGCUGGCCCUUGCCAGAGUACCGGAAAUCAAAGAGAGGCUCGAGCUUCCUGGCAGGCGAAGCGUCCUGGCUCAAUGGAUUGGAUGGGCACAAUGACACGGGCUUGGUGUUUGCCACCAGCAUGCCUGACCACAGUAUUCACCUGGUGUUGUGGAAGGAGCACGGCUGACGCCACGAGCUGACCACCGCUGACUGACUUUGGGUGCCAGGGCUGCGGGUUUUCAGUGCAACCUUUCUGGCAGCCGACUGCAUGAACCAAAGUUCUCACCUAACGGUAUCAUCGCGCAGUGCACAAUCAUUUAUCUGUGUUUGCCAGGGGGCCAGGGCUCGGGGCGGGGGAGGGCUUGUUUUCUUGACACACAGCACAGCAUGCUAAUGACUUCAUUUGUACUUAGUUACGUUGGUCAGUAUAAGAGGAUGCAUUUGGGAUUCAUCUUUCUUGAAUAUUCGUUUUUAGUAAAGAAGGUUAAAUGGUUCAUUAAUCUGCUAAUUGGUUGCCUAUAAAAACACAGUCUAUUAAAGCUUCUUAUUAUCGCCUUUUUUUCCUUUUGAA